UGUUUUAUUUUUAUUUUUCAUUGUUAAAUUCUGAAUAUUUUAAGUUUGUAAAUUAAACAUACUGAAUUUAAAACAAAAGACAAACAAACAAAAAAAAAAAGUUAUUGAAAAAUAUGCAGCCUAUUCUUUUUGGAAACCCAGAAGAGGACUGUCUUUGUAGUAGGUAUUGAUAAUAGACCACACUUAAGGUUUACGGCUAAAAAAAUGACUUGGCAUGUAUGCAAUAUCAUCUCAGAGACUUACUAAUGAGCCAAGGGCUUGCUAUGAAAUAAUUACAAAAUGAUCUGUAUUACAACUAAAAGUCUUAUACUGGUGGCUCAGUGGUUAAGGCACCUUCCUCUCUGCUAGAAAUUUAUAUUAUUAAAAAAAGGCAUAAGAGAUAAAACAUUCUGUAACACACUGUAAACAUAACUAAAAUAAAUGUCUGGUCUAUACACAGGGUUAUCAUUAAAAUCCUAUAAAAACAUUUAGGCUCUUGGCAGGACUUCUAUGAACCUAUGUAACACAAAUUCUUAUACUGUACCUAACAUUCCUGUAUUAAGCUUGAACUAAAUGCCAUACUGUUAAAAAUACAAAUGUAAAAACAAUAUACAAAUGCAUGUGCAUUAAGAGUCUUCCAAAGAGCCCUAUAAACAACAGUACUAGUAAAAUGCCUGGUAUUCUGUAAAAUAUAGAUUAUAAGUAAUAUAAGUAACAGUUAUGUUUACUGUUGAAAUGUGCAAAUGAACAAAUAUGGGUGGGAUAUUUCUGGUUCACAAGAUUAGAUGUGGUGUGAGAUAUGAAACUGAGCCUUUUGGUAUUUAACAGAUCUAAAGAAUACUUAAGGAAGAACUUUGUGAAAAGUCUAAUUUAACCUAAUGGAAAAACAACAGUUCAUCAUAAAAACCUAUAUUUGGCAGCUAAGAAUGUGUUAGAGUAAAUCUUUAAAUCUGUUUGUGCAUAUGUUUUUAUUAUUACUAAUAGUGACAAUGACUCAGUUCAGGAAUGCUGCUUAUAUUGUCAGGUUAUUGUAUAUUCAGUCAACCACAACGUUUUAAAACAAAUGUUCAUUAGUUCCAGUAUUUUUUCAGUUUCCUUUCUAGCUGAAAAUGUGUAAAUGUUUCACAACAGUUUUGUUCAUGUGAGAUUGUAUCUAUCAUUGCACACUUAACUUCGACAUGUCUAGAAUGUUGCGGUCUUGAAAAGUGUCAUAUCAGCAACAAACGUGAAACGUUUAUGUACAGAAGUGAGCAUGCAAAACACUUUUCAUGUAUGCAAGAUUUAAGAGAGAGAGAGAGAUUUAGCUAGUCAUUAUUGUUUUCACGACAUUUAAAGAAUGGAACAAUAACAGAGAAUCUGGAGAUAAUCAUCAACAAUUUCCAUAGGUUUUUCACCCCUUGUGAAGAUGAGCUUUCUUUUCAAUUGAUUAGCACAAUACUCUCCUCCAAAUAGUUCCCAUCUUCCCGCCCUCAAGUCUAGUGCUGUAUUAAUCCUGUUAGUGAUCCUCUUAGUUAUUUUUCUGUCCAAUAAUGAACAGAAAUCCUUACUAAUAAUUUAGUGUCCUGGGUUAUGUUACCAUGGCUGAUAAAUAACCAGUAGGUAUAAAAUAAUUUAGUCAAUGGUGCACUGUGUAUAAAACAGUGUCGCACUGACAUUUUCACUUUCUUGCCUUCUUACCAAGUUUCCGGUGACCUGUACAUGACCUGACCAACUUUUUGCUUUUCUGUGAAACAAGUUUAGUUAUUCUCGAACUUUCCAUUAUUAUCUCUAUGCGGCGACAUCAGGCUCUUCUUGGCCUUCCCCUGAGACUGUGGGAAAGUGUGCUGCUAAAAGCACCCAUGCAUUGUCAUGUUAAUAGCUCAGGGUGGUGGUUUAGAGGGGAGGUUUUCUUCAGCUAAACCUUUAAAACGAGCUAGAAGCAUAAUCUUCCCAGCCUAGCAGGCACCAUUAGCUCACACUUAUGAGAAAGUAUCGACACGAGAAAUCAAACACUUGCGAGACUCUGAGUAUUUAAUAUUACAUUGUGAGAAGAUAAGCAGAGCAAUGACUGCUUCAAACCUUGGCAAUGGACCAGAAAAGAGCUUCAACGCCAAAGAGGAGCGUAAGCUUCGAAAGCCUCUGAUAGAGAAGAGACGUAGAGAACGCAUCAAUUCAAGCCUGGAGCAGCUGAAGGGUAUUAUGGUGGAUGCCUACAAUUUGGAUCAAUCAAAACUGGAGAAGGCAGAUGUUCUGGAGAUAACCGUGCAACACAUGGAGGGGCUUCAAAGGGGCCUUGGUCCAGCAGCCAGUCAGGGAGCUAGUGUGGCUUUUGAAUCUCGCCAACGAUACAGUAGUGGUUAUAUCCAGUGUAUGCAUGAGGUGCAUAAUUUACUCCUCAACUGCUCUGGCAUGGACAAAUCACUGGGUGCUCGUCUUUUGAACCACCUGCUGAAGGCUCUGCCCCAAAUCAGUGGAGAGAGCGGUGCCACGGGCAGUGCUGCCAUCACCAGUCCUCUUCCUCUUCCCACCUCGCCUACACAUUCUCCACUGACUCUUCCCUCCUUUCAACCCCGUUCUCUCCAACUACACACCCCUCCCUCUCCUAUGAGCCCCCCCUCACCCAGCAGCCCCCACUGCUCUCCUGGAAUCCUCUUGCAGAGAGAGGGGGCAGGCAUGAGGCCCUCCCCACCUCGAACACCCUCCCCCCAACCUUUAGCCCCUACUGCCCUUCCCCCCACCUUCCCAGGGGGUGACCCUUCUAUGUGGAGGCCAUGGUGAAGAAGCGAAACCCUCGACCACUUUUCACUUGUUCUUUCCCCCCUUCUUCCACUCUUCCCUAAUAGUGUCCAUUACAUCCUCAUCUCCUGGGAUGUUUGAGUGCUGGGCCUUUUCACUCCGAGAGCGGAGAGGUCACUGAAUAAUAGUAGGUCUCCAAGCCCCUGGGGGUUUUGUGGCAUCGUUUGAAGCACUAUUUUUUAUGGUUGAUUUACCACGGUGUGGGCUUGUUUGGAAAUUUGAAAAACAAAAGGGAACCACAACCAAGGAUGCUCACUUAGAACUGAAUGCAUGAGAAAAAGAAUUGUUGCUUCAUUACUUGAGAGUAAUGUUAUUUUGUUAAACCAGGAAGCAAUUUACUUUGCUUAAUUGUAUUUCAUUUUGAAAAUAAUUUUUAAAUGAUGGUUUACUUCUUAUAAUUUUCCUUUUCCUUUUUUUGUGUGGCCUUUUCACUAAAGUUUAGUGUGGCCAGUUGUCAAACUGAUAGUGACUGGUUUCUGCUACAAAAGAAUGUCAUGUGUCGGAAUGUCCUGAGAUCCAUUGAGUGUGUAAAUAUGUGCCUGAAACGCCAUGACCUCUGAUAAUUUUUUGCUGAUACUAGAUGUUUAGACUAGGUUCCUAGUUGUCUCACAUGGAGCAUUUUGUAUACAAAUUCAGGUUGGGUGCAAAACAUACACUAUUUAGAUGCCUGUCCUGUGUGCUGGGUAUCAGAAUAUGAUGUAAAUGUGUCUGUGAAUAAAGAAACGAACAUCCAUUGAA